AUGGUGUUCGCAGGUGCGGUCGCUGUCCAGCGGCCGGCCAAGCCCACGGGGAGCUGGAGAAGAAUGGGCGUGUGUGUGCGUGUGCGUGUGUAUGUCUCGGGCGUCGCGGUGGCUACCUGUCGCCGUGCCGUCAAGAUGCUGGAUGUUGUGCAGCAGAUCCGUGUGGGCAUCUUGGAGUCAGGAGGACUGGGACUAGGGCGGUGCUGCGGGGCAUGCGUCAGCAGCUGGCCUGCGAGGAUGAGUGAGCGGGCGCGGGGUCGCGUUCGCAGCCGUCUGACUGCGUCCGCCGGGGGCUAUCACUCCCUCCCUCUCGGCUGUUCGGCUGCGACUGAACAGAGAACGACGCCACCUGCAGCUCGCCAGCCUCUGCGCACGGCUCUUCUCCGCCAGUGUCCAUGUCAUGUCCAGCCGGGCGGACACGCGUCCGCCUCCAACUCUCCUCCCCAGGACGCGCUCGGCAGCGACACGUCACGCGCACUCGCACAAGGCAGGAAGGUGCACCCACGGCCCCACACGGAGGAUGCUGCGGGAUGGACCCAGAUGCGGAUCGCGACAUUGCUGGGCGCAGAGGGCAAAAUGCUCCCGGGGCUUGGCCGGAGUCGUGGUGGCGCCUCGGCGACGUCCGUCUCCGCCUCUGCCUCCGCCUCCGCCUCCGCAUGCCCAUCUCCGUCCGGGCAGCCUCGCAGGACGGCUGCUGCACUCGAACGUCACAGUCCCGUGCGCAGACGCGUCGACCCCGUCUGGAUGCGAGACCGCGAGUUCUGCCCUUCCCCCGCGGUCCUCGGUCCGACGAGCUCGGAGGCGGGAUCGGCCCAUGGCCAAGGCGUCUCCACAUCCCGAGCCCAGAACUCGGGGCGCCCUGUCGCCCCGGUGGGCUUGUUUAAUGAAUCAGAGAUCAGCGACGAUACGGAUGGGGACGCGCCGCAAAUGGACGGAGUGUCGCCCGGGUGGAUGGACCCCCUCGGUCGUCGCUCGGCCAGGCUUAUCGUGGGCGGGCCAACCGCCGCCCGCCAGCCCGCGAAGCGUGUGCGCGGCGAGGGCACGCUGGCAUGCCUGGAAGGGCGGAUUCCGCGUUGGGAGCUCGUCCGGAUCGACACCGCGCGGCGGCGACAGUGGCGGCGGGGUCGGCAGAUCGAAGGGAAACGGGCCAUACGAGCGUGCCAGGCGCUGUGGCGCGGCGUAUGCGCGAUUCUAGUGCCUUGUGCGCAGCCAAGCAGGCUGGCGUCCCGUAUGGCGCGGGGACGACCCGCUCCUGUUCGUGCAUGCGGGGACGAGAAAGAGAGAGAGAGGACCAAGGACGCUAGAUCGCACUAG